CAGCAGCAGCAAAACAGAGAAUAAAUGGGGUGAGAGCCGAGAGAAGGAAGAAGAGAGAAAAAGAGAGGUGCAGCCUGGUUUUGUGCUCCGAUCAACGACCAAACGCGCUCCGAUCGGGAUGAAAUUUUAGUAUGUUGUUCCUCGCAUCCUCUUCUUCAUAUCCAACGGUGGGAUUGUUGUUUUGACCUCUCGAUGUCGGUAAAAUCGCCUCUAUUUACUGCUGCGUUUUUAUUGGAGAUUUCUCACUUUUGAGUGAAGAUUAUUGUUGUUUGGUGUUCCAAGUUGUUACUUGAUGAUUGUGUAUACCUGUAAUUGAUUUAGAGAGGAUUCUUGGUGUACCCACUGAUUUUCUUGCUGAUUAGUGGAAGGCUUCGUGGUUUUUUCCCCGAUUUGGGGUUUCCACGUUAAAUCUUGGUGUUCGUUUAUCGUUUGAUUGAUUGCUUGUUGUCGUGUUUGCUAUUCUUGAUCAGUCAUAUGAUUUUGCCCAUUUUGACAACACAAAGACGGGAAAAUUAUUAAUUGCUUCCGCUAGAAAAUUGAGGUGAUUUUCCCAACAAAAAUGACCCGCUAAAAAUGGGUCAAAUCUGACCAAACCCGAAACCAACCUGACUGACCCGCUAAAGUAAGAAUUUUUCAAAAUCAUAUACUUACUACUCGUUUUUAGUGGCAAUGCCCUAUAUGUUCAAGGCCAAUUAAAAAAUUAACACAAAAGGUAUUCAAAUCAGACAUCAGCUUGGUCGAGAAUUAAGGCUAACCUGCUUCAAUCUUGCAGAAGUAUGGUGCUGUUCUGCUGAAACCUCCAAACUGUGUGUGUCAUGUAGAAGAAAAUCUUGAACUAAACACACAAGAUGAAUUAAUUGAAUUACAUUUGGAACUUUUUAAGCAUUCAAAUACGAACUAUUUGAGCAUCAUUCAAAUUAGGUCAUGAGUUUUUACCUAUAGGGAGACAAGAAAGGAGUAGGACUGAAACAAAUGCGUGGAAGAAGAAAUGGAGGGAGAGCUUAGGAACCUGAGAAAAUGCCAUGAACAGCACAGAAACUCCGAAAAUUUGAGUCGACGAAAGGGUAGCGCAGCUCCAGAGAUUCUAGAGGUGCCAUCGGCGUCUUGAAAACUGCCGGCGGUGGCCUGCGGAAACUCACUCCCCGAUCUAAAACCGCUAAAAGUUUGAUACCGUUUUUGGCCCCUAAAGUGUUCUCAGGCUUUGAAGGGGAGCCAGCGUGCCAAGUUUAUUAGGGAGUAUUUAUUCUUUAUUCAAAAUAGAUGGGAUCAGGUGAAGAUAAUAUCAUCUAAAUGGUAUAUAGGCUUAGUUUCGUUUCUCGCGAAUUCAAAGAUGGCGUCUUAGUUGGGACACGUACGGGACGGCAUGAUCAGGUUUGUUUUAUUCAGUCAAAUCCGAUAUCGUCGAGAACCAAAACCUAAAUUCUUCGUUGAAAGAAGCAGCAGCCCCAAUCUCCGCCGUAGCUCCAGGUACCUCCUCCGCCGCAUCAGUCGUGUUCCAAGUGCAUUAUAUCCUGAGAUUAAGCUUGGCAGGAGGAAAUCCAUUGACAGAGUUCCUGCAGGAGAAGGAUUGGCAGCCGUUAAGGGAGUCAUCAUCCCUUGAGCUUCCUUGGUCUACACACGAGGGGGGAUUAAUCAUAGAUAUGCAUGAUGAUACUAAUCUGCAAAUAUCUCAAGCCCUUACACUCCUUAGGGUUCCGAAAUUCCUUCAUCAGUGGAUCGUAGACAUACUCCGCAAGGGACCUGCUGCCAUCUCACCCCUCCCUGGCUUAGCUCCGAAGAUUGUGGUGCAUCUUUUCGAGGUUACUCAAAUCACACUUCCUUUUAUUAACGAAGAAGGAAAAGCAAUCUACCCAGAGUACAUAGAUGAUGAAAUGUAUGACCAUGUCAACUAUCCUCCUCCUCGAACAGAAGAAGAAGAAAUUGCUCAGGCAAAUUUUAAUGAUUAUAACAAGAAAUGUACUGUGGGCGCAGGAGACAUUAGUGAAGAGGAUGAGGAUGCUUCAAUACGAGAUUGGUUUUUGAAAUUAACUCAAGCUAUUGACAUAAUUGCUUGGCAGCAAGUUAAGGUAGAGGUGGCAAAAGAGGCAAAGCAGGCGAAGGAGGAAGAUGAAGCAAAGGAGGAAGAGGAAGAAAAUGUUGAAAAGGAGGAAAAAGAGGAAGAAAAGGUGGAAAAGGAGGGAGAGGAAGAAAAGGAGGCAAAGGAGGAAGAUGUAAUAAAGGAGGCAAAGGAGGAAAAAGAGGGAGAGGAAGAAAAGGAGGAAGGGCAAAAAGAGUGGUCAAAGGAGGAUGCAAAGGAGGAGGAAGAGGUGUUGACUUGCCCCAUCUGCAUGGAAAUAAUAGUAGAAGCAGACAGGACAUGGAGGCUUAUGCCUUGCUGCACUCAAGUAUUCCACUGUGAUUGCAUCUCAACGUGGACCAAACGUGCCAAGAAGUGCCCCUGGUGCCGUUCCUCCUUGCCCCUCGUGCUUCAGUCCGCAAAGGGCUUUAUGCAUCGAUCAAGUUCAGAUGAUAUGUAUUGUCCAAGUUCUCCCAGGGUUCAUGAUCUAUUAAUGGUACUAUGGCAUGCUUUAUCUGAAAAAGUUUGGUGGAUCAACUGGUCCGGGCAUGAUGUUGGUUGCAAGAGUGGUUGUCUCAUGGACAUGAUACGAGCUUAGCAAUUAGCAUCAAUUUGAUUCAUUAAAUUGGAGGAUUUUAUUUAUAGUAGCUUGUUAAUUUAGUUAUAGUGAGUAGUAAACAUCACUCACUAGUAUAAGACACUGUCCAAGAAGAAUCUGUUUGUUAAUGUGCUAUCAUGAAGACCCUUUUUUUGUGUACAUUUUUUUUUGUUUGUAUAAGAACCGCCCACUCCAUUUUCUUCUAUUUUCUGAAAGAGCUAACAACAAUAAUGACAAACUCAAGCACAUUGAUUCCCAACUUUCAAGCUUUGAAGCAAUGUGAAAGGAAGCAUGUUUCAGUGUAAGUGAAUAAUGCCAUUGGGGAGAGUGCUGCUUUGAGCCAGAUCUAAUUUGAGAAGCACACUGGCAGAGAGUUGGAUGAGCAUAAAGCAGAGCACCAAAU